AUGGAUAAUUUAGGAUGGAGAUUUAUCAAUAAAGAAGAAUUAAAAUCGUUAAAGAAUCCAGAUGAGGAUGUUAGUUUAGGUACGGUUGAUCAUGUAUAUGGUUUUAGUCGUCUUCGUGAAUUAUAUUUUAAAGUGAAUCCUGAUUAUGAUGGUAGAUUUACUGUUCCUGUUUUAUGGGAUAAAAAACAAGGGACAAUUGUUAAUAAUGAAUCAUCUGAAAUCAUUAGAAUGUUAAAUACUGAAUUUAAUGAUAUUAUCCCCAAAGAAUUUGCUAAAGUUAAUUUAGUUCCCAGUGAAUUAGAAGCUGAAAUUGAUGAAUUAAAUUCUUGGGUAUAUGAUAAUAUUAAUAAUGGUGUUUAUAAAGCUGGGUUUGCCACAGAUCAAGAUGUUUAUUCAAAAGAAUGUAUUAAUCUUUUUAAACAUUUAGAUAAAGUUGAAGCUAUUUUAAAGAAGAAUCAUGAAGAAGGUAAACAAUUUUUAGUUGGUAAUCAAUUAACUGAAGCUGAUGUUAGAUUAUAUACUACCAUUGUUAGAUUUGAUCCAGUUUAUGUUCAACAUUUUAAAUGUAAUAUUGGUAUGAUUAGACAUGAAUAUCCUUAUAUUCAUAAUUGGCUUAGAUUAUUAUAUUGGACAAUUCCGGGUUUUAAAGAAACUACUAAUUUUGAUCAUAUUAAAUUUCAUUAUACUAAAUCUCAUAUUGCAAUUAAUCCUAAUGGUAUUACCCCAGUUGGUCCAAUUCCAAAUAUCUUACCUUUGGAAAAGUAA